CCAACCCCAAUCUCAUUCUUAUGCCUCACCACAACCCCAACAUCAACCCCACAUUUUCAACCCAAAAAACCCCCAACGGAGCAUACAAAACUUUUCCUUUCAUUUGAAAGCUUAAAACUCGUCAAGUUGAGAGAAGCUUUUUAUCCUUUGCCAGGUGUCGGUGUGUGAUGCAAACGGAAUUCAAUUCAGAAGCGAGUCAAUCGUCGAAAGGGAAAGUGCGCUACCGCCGCGAAACAAAUUUAGUCGAGAAUUGAAACCCACAUCCAACCCCCCUCCCUUCGAAUCGAAACGGCGCAGGGGGAAGCAUAAUAUGCGCCACGUGUGUGCUCACAAAUUAGUUUUAAGUCGAGAGUGCUCUUAAUGAUGCCUUUUAAUGGAAGUGUCCGGUGGAGUUUCGUGUUUGUAACGUUGCAAGUGUUCGUUGUUGUGACCAAAUCAAGUCUACCUCCAUCCUUAGAUGCUGCUGCUGGUGCUGGUGCUGCUCCUUUCAAUUCGUAUGAGAAUGAGCUAGCUCAAAAGUCGUCGUUAUUACCGUCGUUUUCGCCUAAACCUAAACGAUAUGCAGCAACAUCAAAUUCAACUCAUUCGAAGCAUUGGGUGUCCGAACCAUUUCCACCCGCUGCUGUGGUGAAUUUGGAAUCAAAAGAUGAAAUUCGGAAAGUGACAACAUCUCGAAAACGUCGCAGUGUCUUCCAUGUACGUUGGAAUCCUAAUGAAAAAUUCAUCGUCGAAAGUAAGGAAAAGCCAGCAGUUAAUCGUACCAAGCUAUCACCGCAUCCUCGCUUUGCUCUAUCAAAGAACACUAAACUUACACUCGAUCCAAAGUUGUUCAUGUGUCAUGACAAAUAUCUCGAGCGUUGUUAUAAUAAGACUUUAGCCUUUCGAACGAAGAUUGUUCGGACCUUGGAAAAAUCUAUGGGUGAAUCCUUAAAUGAGACCAACUAUUAUAAUGUCGACUAUAAGCCAAUGUUUGGAAGCAGCUUUGAAGAGCAGUAUUAUCCGUCGAGUUGUUUAGUUUUGGAAGCUGGUGUGAGAGUUCUGAGACGUAGAGAUCCACCAUUUAACAGAUUGGAGUUUGGAAAAUUGUUCCCGAAGAAGAAAAUAUUUCGUGAUGUGAAGAAUAUCAAGACUUGUGCAAUUGUGUCGAGUUCCGGGUCGAUGGCUGGAUCAAAAUUAGGACGGUUCAUAGACAGUCACGAUAUUGUCAUGAGAUUUAAUCAUGCUCCAACUCGAGGACAUGAGGUUGAUGUUGGCAGCAAAACAACAAUCCGCGUUGUGAAUUCACAAGUAGUUACAAAAGCUGAAUUUAAUUUUACAAAAUCAAGAAUAUUUCAAAAUGUCACCAUUGCUGCUUGGGAUCCCGGAAAGUACAAUGGAACAUUAGGAGAUUGGCUAACAAAUGCCGAUUAUGAUAUAUUUACUAAUUACGAAAUAUAUCGGAAUCGUUAUCCGAAAUCAAGAGCAUAUCUAAUCGAUCCGCACUCAAUAUGGCGCUUAUGGCAGGGACUGCAAACAUUUUCAGGAAAACCGAUUCGUAAAAAUCCGCCAAGUUCUGGAUUUAUUGGUCUUGCUUUACUUUUACCACACUGCCCCUAUGUUGACUUUAUAGAGUACAUUCCAUCAACAAGGCUUAAUGGUCGAUGCCAUUACUAUAGUAAAGAAAUGAACUCAGCUUGCACAUUCGGAGCCUGGCAUCCUUUGGCUGCUGAAAAACUUAUGGCACUGGACAUGAAUAUUGCCGAUGAUUUAUCUGUAUUUCAAUUCGGCAUACUUCGUAUUCGUCGUCCGGAUAAACUCCUUUGUGGCUUCAAUUUCCUCGGGUUCUAAUAAGUUUUUAACUUAAAAAAAAAAAAAAUGUAAUAUUUUAUUAAUUUCGGAAACAAUAACAGUCUACUAUAUGAAUACAAUCACUUACAAAAUUUUGACUACAUAAAAUAAUAUAAGAAACAAUAAAAGUACAUACGUACAUAUUUCGAAUAAUAUUAAACGGAUAAAAUUACUACAAACAAAUAUA